GUCCUCCCCGGGGGCUGGAGGGGGUGGAGGAGCAGCGUCACAACUGGCCUCAUAGUAUACUCGCGGCGUCAGUAAGUCCGGAUCGGCGGUCUUGGGCGGGCGCGCGCGACGCGAGGCUCCUCAGGUACAGAGGCAGAGUCGGCCGCGUGUCGGGAGUGUUGCGUGAGGGCGGCUCAGAGGGAGAGGCUCGGAGCACUGUGACGUGAAACACUACUUGGUUAUUAACUAUUAAUAACUUUAUAUACUUAAGUGAGAGGAAAAAUUUGCAGCCUCAAGCUAACAAAACUUUGGUGGCUGUGGAAAUAUUCCCCCGCAUCGUGACGGAACUUUACGGGGAUAAACAAAACAGUGCCUACACAGGAACCUGCUCAACAUUAUCCUGAAGACUGAGCCUCGUGGCCACUUAGCGGAGCUCUCUUUCCACCAACGCUUGUUUGACGCACGGGGCAUAUACUUCAGACACCUUUAAGUCAGGAUACUAAGCUAGCGGUGUCGAAGCGAGACCAUUAACAAACGAGUUCCUGGUGCGACAGUGAGCGGGGAGGGGCGGCGCGCCGGCCGGCCUGGUGGCGCCUGGGUGUCAUUAGCCGCGAGGGGACCGAGAGGAGCAUCUUGUGGUGUGUAGCAUCUCAGACGGUUGAUUAGAGUAACUCGGCGAUAAAAGUGAAUGAAACUUCCGAUUCGUUACUGCCGAGCUUUGAUGUGACAGUGGUCUGAGUGUGACGCGCGACGCCAGUAACGCAGGGACAAGAACCAGACGGGGACACCGGCACCACGAGAGGGCCGAGAACGCGAGUCAGCAACCAAUGUAUCAGACAGAGUCCAUUGCGUCGUCCUGAGCUGCAAGACGGAGCACGGGGAGGAGGAGGAGGAGGAAGGCUAAGAGGGGUUCGUGGGACGCCCCGCAGCACCCUCCCCCAGCAGCCUCCCUACAGCUCCUCUACACGGCCCCCUGAUCCCUACAGAGGCGCUACGGACAGUAUCCUGACCAUGGCCCCCUCGGGCACCCCACCACCAAGCUGGUCAUCCUGCUGGUGCUGCUCGCGGCCUCCCUGCCUGGGUCGGCAGGCGUCAAGAUCGUGGAGAUGCAGGUGCCGCCCGUGGUGCAGGUGGGCAAGACGGUACACUUGGCCUGCCGCUUUGACCUGGAGGGCGCCAACCUGUACUCCCUCAACUGGUGGCGCGGCUCGGACCAGUUCUAUCAGUUCAGUCCGUCGAGCCCCGAGCCUGUCAUCGUGUACGACUCCCCAGGCAUCACUGUUGACAGGCGGGACUCCGGGCAGGAGGUGGUGGUACUGAGGAACAUCUCACACGCCUCCGCCGGCCGCUACAAGUGUGAGGUGCUGGCCGACUACCCGAGCUUCGAGAAACACUCCGAGACCACCGAGAUGAAGGUUAUAGACGUGCCGUCGGGCCCGCCGCGGCUGGCUCUGAGCCGACUCCAAUGGUCCCCCGGAGAGGUGCUGAGGGCUAACUGCACUUUUCCUGGGGCGAGGCCACCCUCUGAGCUUCACUGGUACAUCAAUGGAAAAAAGAUCUCCCCCCAAAGCUCCCUGCUCGUCCAUCCUGAGAGCAAGAAAGGGGCAAACGAUUUCGUCUCUCGUACCUCCCAACUGACACUGACGCUGCGGUCGACGCACUUCACCCCCGGAGGCCAGGCCACCCUGACCUGCGAGGCCACGGUGCCGGGAGUGUACCGCAGGACGGCAAAGGUGUAUCUGUCACUCCCUGGGUACAAGACUGCUGCUCCCUCACUCAAGCUGUACGGCACAGGGAGUGGAUUGCGAGGAGGAGCGACACUGGUGGCAACGUGCUUGGUGCUGCUGCUAUUGUAGGACACCACCCCCACCAUCACCACCACUACCACUGCCCACUACACCAGUGAGCACUCCUCGCAGCGCCAUGGGUCAGUGUGUAAUAAUGGAAAGAACGGAAAGCCACCAGGCUCACCCCAGCACGGUGGCGGCUCACCACACAACACACGAGCAGCCACCAGCAAUGCACCACCGCCAGGCACCGGCCUCACUUCCUGGCAGGAUCAGGCUAACUCCUAACACUGUAAGGUUGAGUCGUGCUUGUAAAAUUCGCUUCGUGGUUCAUCUCACUGCCAGGCUUUCCAAACACUUGCCUUCCAUCCAGAUACACGAGUGACAGGACGCCGUCACGCAC